AUGGGUAGCUCUCGCGGAAGGGGACGACCGCCGAAAAAGGUGACCCAAACGCUGAGAACUAAUCAUGGAGACGACGCAACAACGGUGGUGACAACACCGAUGAUUUCUACAGUGAAUAUUGAUGAGGUGAAGAGCGUAACGGAAGAGAAAGGCGAAGCAACUACUGGGAGUGCAGAGACUCUUGAAAACCCUAAAUUGGCGGAAUCAUCAACGACGAAGGAAACUGAAGUGAAGAACAAAUUGUGGGUGGAUGUAAUCGGUGGGAAUCGAAACGCAAUGAAUGUUGAAAUUGAGGAAAAGGAUGGGGAAUCAGAGAAAAGGUUUUGGGAGAAUGUGCUAAUCAUGUAUGUGAUUGGGGCUAAUCUGAGUAUGAAUGCGGUGAAGAACUACAUGAUGAAGGCGUGGAACUUUGUCACUCUACCAGAAAUGUACUACAAUGAUGAAGGUUUUUUCAUUCUCAAGUUCAAGAAUGGUGAAGACAUAGAUACAGUGUUGAUGAAAGGCCCGUAUACAAUUCAGAACAAGCCUAUGAUUAUCUUGGAAUGGAGCCAUGAUUUCUCUAUGGCAAAAGAUAUGCUGCGAUCGAUCCCGAUAUGGAUUAAACUACCGAAUUUGCUUCUACCUCUGUGGAGAGUGAAUAGCUUGGGGAAAAUUGGGAGUGCAGUGGAAAAUCCAUUGUUUACAGAUGAGUGCACAGCAAGAAAACUUCGAGUAAGCUAUGCUCGGAUUUUGGUGGAGGUUGAUGUUACACAAAAAUUAUGUGAAGAGGUUACCAUAAAGGAUCAUGAAGGAAGGAUAAGACAACAAAAAAUAGAAUAUGAAUGGCGACCACAAUAUUGUGAGAGGUGUUAG